AUGGCUUUGUCAUUGGACACUAAUAUGUUGACGAAACUGUUGGAGAGAGCUAAUAAUAAAGGGCAGGACUCCUUAGCGGCAAGGUAUAUGAUUCUGAUGGAUUCAAUUACGAGGCGAGUGACGAUGGACAGCUCAGCCGCGAGUAAAUGGACAGUGUAUAACGAUACCACUCCGAUGUUGAAAAGGGACCGAAUCGGCUCAGUAGAGAUAGUUAAUUCUAGGGACGAGUUGGAGCAUAUAUAUUUUAUAGUUCCGGAGUCUGUGAUAAGAAGAGCACAGAGUGAUGAGUUUGAAGCCCUGAAGGAGCGUGUGAUGCACGACGUCCCGCGGGAUAAUCCUGUCCAGAAGUGCCAGUCGUUUCUGGAUAUGAUAACAGAUUCUCUCGUAUGGGAGUUGACGGCUUGUGACUUUAUGAAAAGGCGCAAGAUAGUGUUGUUACAGCCGCAGUUAUUGGACGCUACGUUUAUGCUAUCCAUAGUACUUAAUGCACUGUCUAUUAUAGUGAAUACCACUGACAGGUUCCAUGCAGUGCUGUUGUCCUUGCUGUGGCUUCUGGGCCUUAUGCAUGCCGUGCUAUCCCUGGCCCGCUUUGUGUCAUUCGCUGUCUCCAAACUCCCUAUGAAUCUACUAAGAUUGGACCCAGAGUUGGCUUAUAAACUGGAUGAGGAUCAGGGCCAGGGCCUUUCUCUGGCAUCUACUGGAAUGCUCUGGUUGUUGAUUAUGUAUUCAUUUGCUAUGAUUGCGCACCAACAUUUCCGUGGUGACUUCCCAGAGGGGGAGUGCUCUGAUGUGACCUCGUGCAUAGCAUUUGUGAUGAACUUUGGUCUGAGAGCAGGAGGCGGGCUGGGCGACUACCUCAGGGGAGGCUCAGAGGGCCACAGUGAGGGGUGGGGGCGUAUGGUAUUCGAUACUAUAUAUUUCAUCCUAAGCACAGUAGUGAUGGCUAACAUCGUCAGUGGUAUUAUCAUUGAUGCCUUUGGGGAGUCCAGAGACAAACGAAAUGAAGUUCUAUUAGAUCAGAAGAACUAUUGCUUCGUGUGUUCGUUGGCCGCAGCUAAGUUCGACAGGGCCGAUCGCCAAACCGGGUUUAGUUAUCAUUAUAAGAGGAUGCACAAUAUGUGGGCGUAUGUUUACUUCGUGGCUUAUCUAAAGUUGAAGGACCCUACUGAGCUGACUGGCACGGAGGACUAUGUGAAGGCGGCUGUUGUACGGCAUUCCAUCGACUGGUUGCCAGUGUUGAGAGCGUCUAUGGGCACUGGGGAGAGGAAGGAGCUGAGGGGAGACACUGCGGAAGGGGCGGCUUUCGAGAGCUCUCAGGCUCAUAAGGGCCGAAUGCCUGUUGAUUUUUCUAUACUUGGAGUUUAUGGUGUUGAUGUUUUACGUGGUGGUGUUGUGGGUUCGUACGGCAAUCGGAUAGUAAAAGGCGUGCUGAAAUUAAAGGGAGCUGAUGGUGUUGCUAAACCGGUGAUAUCUAAGAAGAAGCGAAAGCAUCACAGACAUAAGGAGAAGGAGGAGGAGGAACGUAUAUUACGACACUCGGAUGAGGAGGGCUCGACUUCACAGCGAGAGGAGCCCCGGAGCACUAAGACACCGGCUGAGCUGGCAUUUCAACGGCUACAGGAGGAACGGAAGGCUGAGAGGAUAGCUAAGCAGAUCGAGAAGACUCAUCGAGAGAAGAUGGACGAGCUUCACGACAAGUUGGAUAAUAUGAGUGAGCACUUCGAGGUACCCAAGAUUGCUGGUACGCAUUGA